AUGUCUGAAAUUGAGCAUGAAGUGUUCUUCCAUGAAACUCGUUCUCUUUGCUCACCCAAACCCCUUUUCCACUCCUUCAUAAUCCUCCUCACAAAUUCCAGAUUAUUCCUUUCCAUAUUUGCCCUCACAACCUUCCCACUUUCUCUCCUCCUCUUCGUUCUGUUUCUCUACUCCGCUCCUCUCAAAGCCCAAAUCUACAACCUUGAAGCCCUCGCAGCGUUUACAUCCACUCCGUUCGAAGCUCGUCAUGUCUCGGAAGAAUCACGCUCCGACUCGCUCAUUCUACUCCGAGUCAAGUUUCUCUUCUUUCUCCCUUCUUACGCUCUCUCCAUCUUGGCGACGAUAGCGUCCGUCAACUCGACGGUGUUGGCUUGUUCCGGGAAGCGGCCGAAUUUCCAGACGGCGUUUGCAGCGGUUCAGGCGAUUUGGAAGAGACCGUUGGUUACGUCUGUCUAUGUGUUUGGAAUCAUGUUGCCGCUCGAGCACGUGCUCCGAACGUUAUCGGCGAUGAUUGCAGGUGGCACACCUAUGAGGUGGGUGGUGGCGGCCGCCGGAGCCGCCUUGGAGGUGUAUGUGAAGGCGGUGCUGAGUCUGGCGAUGGUGGUUUCGGUGGUGGAGGAGCGGUCCGGGUGGGAUGCCGUGAAGAUGGGGUGGUGGGUGGUGGAGGAAAAGCGAUUUUGCUGGUGGGUUUUGGCUGGAUUUCUGGGGUUGGUCUCGGGUGGGGUCUGGCGUGGGCUUAGUGUUGUGAUAGACGAUCAAGAUUGGAUGAUGGAAGUGGGGCUGAUUUGCUUAUGUGGGUUUGUUAUCCUAUGGAGUUAUGUCGUUAUUACUGUUUAUUAUUUUGGAUGUAGUAACAGGACACGGCACGUUGAUGCAGUGGAUGAUGGGCCCACCAUUUAA